GGUGCUAUUAUGCAGACGGAUCACAUCAACAUGACGGUUGUAGAAGAAGAGGGGAGCACCGAGUCGCGAAGAAGAACAGACAGCGACGGAGAAACCGACGUGCAGAUGCUGACAGGCGCAGUGUUCCUGACCAUGGCAGCCUCUGCAGGGAUGGUCGCUGGUUUCGGCUCCACAGUAGCGCUGGCCAAAAAGAAGAGUCCAGAGUGGUUCAGUAAGGUCAUUACUGCACAUGCAGCAUUUUUGGUGUUUUCUGUGGAGGGGUGGCGGAUGCCAUGGAGGGAUGGUCAUGUGAGGCUUUGGUUUGUGUGCAGGGCGUGGCAGCACAAGGAAGCGGCGCCUCUCUGGCCCUCCGAGCUCUGGGUUGGGGCUCCCUGCUGGCCUGGUGUGGGGUUGGUCUGCUCAGCGUCACGGCAUGGAAGGCUCUGGGGGUCCACAGUCUCGCAGAGUUCAGGCAGAAGAUGCAGAGCUUCUUCCCGUCCAUCCCAAAGACCCCGGAGGGGGCUUCUGGCUCAGAACCUGUGGACUGGGAUUCUGUCUUCAGGUCCAAGUGAUCCUUUUUCAGGUUUAAAGGACCAGUUUGGCUAGUUUGUUCCCCACCUGGCUGCAGCAUCAGGUUCUGGACUGAUGUGAAACAUCAGGAUCCAGCUGCUUGCUUCUGUGAAGUUCGAGCUCCUGGACCUAAAUGUUGAAAAGGGAAGCACAGAUGUUUAUCAGAAUGCUCCCCCCUCUCCCCCCGUUGCCAUGAUGGAUCAGAGGACAGCAAGUUCCACUUGGACACAGUCAGUUUGGAUGUGCUGGCUGUGUUAUGAACGUGUUCUUGUGGUGUGGCUGUGGCUUUGCUCAGUAAACACACAUGUGGAGCGCUGCUGUCACCUGCUUCCACCUCCACUGAUGCUGCUCACAAGGUCACCGCUUGUUGCAGCACAACAGAAACAGAUUGUAAAAACAAAAGUAGAUGGGAUUCAUUGUUGACAGUGCUGAUGAAUCUGCGAAACAACCAACCAGGGAACCAUGGCGACGUGGACCUCCAGCUUUUUUCUUUAGGACUGAUGACUUUCUCCACUCUGUAAAUGUGUUUUUUCACAGUUUGUGAACUUCCUGCACCAUGACCACAUGCACGAAAACUCACCAACAUUUCAGCAGUGGGCCCUGUCGGGGGGAGGACUGGGGGGGGGGGGGGGGGUGCAGGACCUUGGCGAGCUGAGGUCUCCGCUGAGGCCUCUCCCCCAUCUGGUGGUGUUGUAAACGUCCAAGCAGGACAUGUGUCCACGGUUACAGAGGAAAUCCUGUGGUCGGUGUCUUCAACAGCAGUUUGGCAGAAAGACCAGCUGUUGUCAUCAAUGUUCAGACGGAACCCAACUAAUUCUCCAGAGGGAUAAAUAUUAGUCAGAAGAAAAAAAUAAAGAAAUAUCAUUCAUAA